AAUGUCCUUGUCUGUAAAAUGUGAAAAAUAGUACCUACUUUAUAUUUUUAAGAUUUUAUUUAUUUUUUAGAGAGAGAAGGGAGGGAGAAAUGGAGAGAAACAUCAAUGUGUGGUUGCCUCUUAUGUGCUCCCUGCCGGGGUCCUCACCCAUAACCCAGGCAUGUGCUCUAGACUGGGAAUGGAACCAGUGACCCUUUGGUUCGCAGGCCGGCACUCAACCACUGAGGCACACCAGCCAGGGAAAUAGUGCCUACUUUACACCAUUCCUGUUAUGAGAAUUAACUGAGAUAAUGCAGGCACAGUGCCUGGUAUCUGCUCUGAGUGCCACCCCAGGUCUGGGAGGCUUGCUUCACAGGGAAGUAUUGUCUCUGAGUGUGAUUUAGUGGAAACUGUAUUAUCUUCUUUUCUUCGUUUAUUGCAAGGCCUACCAUUUACCAACAGAAAUUCAUCGCCCCCUUCCUGACCCAUUUUAAAAUACAAAUGGCGCCCGGGCUGGUGUGGCUCAGUAGAUUGAGUGCUGUCCUGUGAACCAAACGGUCGGCAGUUCUAUUACCAGGCAGGGAACAUGCCUGGGUUGCCAGCCAGGUGCCUGGUGCGUGCGUGAGAGGCAACCACGCAAUGAUGUUUCUCUCCCUCUUUCUCCUUUCCUUCCCCUCUCUCUCAAAAUAAAUAAAUUAAAAUCUUUAAAAAACAAACAAACACCCCAGAAAAGGGGCCCAAAAAAGAAACGGCCCCAGAAAAGAAACACUUUGAGCCACCCGACAAUCAUAGCUAAAAGCUGGGAGUCCUAACAGUGUGGAUGGGCUUGAUUGGGUAAGUGAGAGUAAAGGGUAGAGCAGAUAACCACCGCACACCUCAGUUACCGAAGGGCCCCCGAGAGCUUUUGAGCGUGAGGUUUCUCCUAAGCAGAUUGCGACACCCCACGUGAGCAGCGAGGGAGCCUCGGCAGCUAGGCCCAGACCUUAGCCCAGUCAGGUGACACAGCCGAGAGGAGCGGGGCUGGGGAAGGGGCGGGACGUGCCUACCCUGAAAGCUGAUUGGCUGGUGCGCUACUGCUGGGGCAGAAUUUAGGGGCCACUAGGCAGUAAGGACCGCCCCUCCUGGCUGCUUCCUUGGACCUUCCUCGCAGAAUCGCACAUCCGCGUUCUAGCCCACGCUUCCACGCUUCUCGCAGACACUAUUCUCCUCUGGCUUUCAUCGAUCCUAAUUUGUACGCCCUUUUAAAGGGUCCCAGUUGCCCUUCGCCGGGUCCUGCCGAAAGGAAGUGGGGAUCCUGGACUUCGGUCCCAGACAGUGGGGAUCAGGAUGGUUUUCGUGAGGAUCCGAGAGGCCAAGGAAGAAGACUGUGGAAAUAUUCUGAGGCUGAUUCGGGUUAAGUUUGCCGGCCAGAAAACAGGGUUUCAGAGGGGGUCAGAGCGUCGAGGUUGGAGGGGGCCGGAACUAGCUGAGUUUGAGGAACUCUCGGAUCAGGUGAAGAUCUCUGAAGAAGAGUUACGGGCAGACGGCUUCGGAGAGAAUCCUUUCUAUUACUGUUUGGUAGCAGAGAGUCUUCCCAGCCCCGGGGAGCCACAGGGGUCCUGUCUGGUGGGCUAUGGGCUGUACUACUUCAUUUACAGCACUUGGAAGGGACGCAGCAUUUAUCUGGAAGAUAUCUAUGUUAAGCCAGAAUACCGGGGGCACAAGGUCGUGGACCCACUGAGGGCUGAUCGCAGUUACACAUUGGUGUGCAGUGAAAGAGCUAGUGGCGAGAUGGACCAUGCAGGCCCCAAUGGCUGGAAGUGGCAAAGGGAACCACCUUUGUUCCUCUCUAACCCCACCCCCACAUACAGCAUCACAAACCAGCAACCUGGGUGGCCCCACCCCGGUGAGCAACUAAGGCUCUGCUCCUCAUACAUAACAGGCACAAACAGAUCAAAACAUGGCUCAAGAACAACUCAGAGCCCCAGAGCCAGUAAAUCUAAGUGAUGAAGAAAUAGCUAAACUUUCAGGGGCACAGUUCAAAACACUGGUGAUCAGGAUGCUCAUAGAACUGGUUGAUUUUAGUCACAAAUUAGAGGAACUAAUGGAAGCUAAACUAAUUGAAAUGAAGGGAAAUACACAGGAAACCAAUAGUAAUGGGAAGGAAACUGGGACUCAAAUCAAAGGAGUGGACCAGAAAUGACCAAACAGAAAAGGAUGAAGAAACAAGAAUUCAAAAAAAUGAGGAGAGGCUUAGGAACUUUCAGGACAUCUUUAAACGUUCCAACAUCCGAAUUAUAGGGGUACCAGAAGGGGAAGAGGAACAGCCACGAGUGGGAAACUUAUUUGAACAAAUAAUAAAGGAGAACUUCCCCAAUCUGGCAAAGGAAAUAGACUUCCAAGAGAUCCAGGAAGCUCAGAGAGUCCCAAAGGAGUUGGACUCAAGAAGGAACACAUCAAGGCACAUCAUCACUACAUUAGCCAAGAUUAAAAUGAAGGAUAGAAUCCUAGAAGCAGCAAGAGAUAAGGGGACAGUCACCUACAAAGGAGUUCCCAUCAGACUGUCAGUGGAUUUCUCAAAAGAGACCUUACAGGCAAGAAGGGGCUGGAAAGAGGUAUUCCAAGUCAUGAAAUCCAAAGACCUACAGCCAAGUUUGAUCUAUCCAGCAAAGCUUUCAUUUAAAAUGGAAGGACAGAUAAAGUGCUUCUCAGAUAAGAUCAAAUUCAAGGAGUUCAUCAUCACCAAGCUCUUAUUAUAUGAAAUGUUAAAGGGACUUACCUAAGAAAAAGAAGAUAAAAAAGAUGAACAGUGAAAGGACAGCCAACUCACAGUUAUUAACAACCACACCUAAAACAAAAGCAAACUAAGAGGACAGCUAGAUCAGGAGCAGAACCAUAGAAAUGAAGAUCACAUGGAGGGUUAGCAACAGGGGAGUGGGAGAAGGAGGGGGGGAGAAGGUACAGAAAAUAAGUAGCAUAGAUGGUAGGUAUAAAAUAGGGGGGAGGGCAAGAAUAGUAUGGGAAAUAUAGACUCUAAAGAACUUGAGACACGUGGUCAUAAACUAAAGGGGAGGAAUGGUCGGGGAGGGGGUGUGCAGGGUGGAGGGAAUGA